GUACUGGAUCGCCUGAGUGGCACCGCUGCGCCACCUAUCCACGAGCCACUCACAACAACACUGCCAACACCUCCACUGGGCUGAGGGCGACAGUAGAAAGGAGGUGGUACUGAGACCUUAGCAUCAUGUCUAGAAAUGUAUCCAAGAGUCCUGAGGUGGUGGGAUGCCCUGGGGAUGUGCAGGAUGAGGUGUGCGUGGUGUGCUUCAGGCCCGUCGAGGUGUACAGCGUCGGGGAGUGUGACCAUCCUGUGUGCUACGAGUGUUCCACCAGGAUGAGGGUGCUCUGUGCCAGGAACGAGUGCCCCAUAUGUAGGAAAGAAAUGUCCAAGGUGGUCUUCACAAGGGAAGUAAUACCCUUUGUCAGCAUCCAGACCCGAAACAUGCACUAUGAACGUCGAUAUGCAAUAUUUUUUGAAAACGAGGGUGUCAUGAGAGCCUAUGACUUCUUGCUGGAGCACAGGUGUAAAGCGUGUGAUGACAUGCCAGUGUUCAGGAACUUCACCCAGCUCAAGGACCACAUGAGGAAAUACCACGAGCGUUUCUACUGUGAGCUCUGUGUCGACCACUUAAAGAUUUUCACUCAUGAGCGGCGGUCAUACUCAAGGUCACAGUUGGCUCAGCAUCGCCGCAAGGGUGACACUGACGACCGCAGCCACAGAGGUCACCCGCUGUGUGAGUUCUGUGAUGCAAGGUUCAUGGAUAAUGAUGAACUUUUCCGACACUUAAGGCGGGAUCACUUUUUCUGUCAUUUUUGUGACGCUGAUGGUUCGCAUCAAUAUUAUGAUGACUACAAUGCAUUACGGAAACACUUCCGGACUGAUCACUAUCUCUGUGAAGAGGGAGACUGCCAAGAGGAACGGUUUACAUCAGUGUUCAGAACCAAACUUGAUUUACAAGCUCACUGCACUCAGAAUCACAGUCAGAACAUGACCAAACAGGCAGCAAGACAAGCACGCACUGUGGACAUUGAGUUCACCCUCAACCCUCGGCCACAGGACAGCCACCGGCAGGAGGAGCGAGGGGGGCGAGGCAGCAGAGGGGGCAGGGGUAGAGGAGGCAGAGGUGGAAGAAGGGAUAGAGAGAGAGACUUUGAAGACUCAAGGAUACCAGAUGAAGUUGACAGCAGACCACCUCCUAACCAACAUCAAAUAGAUAUAAACUGUGUACAAGAUUUCCCGUCAUUAAAUAGCAAUGGCCCAGGAUCAGGAGGUGAGGCUGGUGGGGCCAGUGGCUCUAAGUCAAUGGCCACACAUUUGGCACAACAAAACAGAUUUACGAUAAGGGCAAGAGGAAGAACAAACCUUUUAGAAGAGGAAUUCCCGUCACUUCGAUCAGGAUCCACGAGUGUUACAGUCAGUGCUGCCCCGGCUACAUCUCAGUCUCCUUCAUCACCCACAACAUCAGUUCAUCUCAAGGUCAACACUAAAAAGCCUUCCCGUGAUGCUCAGGGAUCCAAUUCUAGAAGCAGUAACGUGUCAAUACAAUACAACCGCACUGUGCCUGCUGCAACUAAUGAGGCAAAGACUCCUUCCUCUGAAGGAGAUAGCAGCAGGGGAGCAGGGCCCCAAAUAGGAGUUAUAUCACACAGCAGCAAUAUAACGCUUCAAAGCACCGGCAGUGGGAAACCCAAAUCAAAAAGUCCAGAAGAGGAUUUCCCAGCACUUGUUACUCCAAAGACAAAAGUUAGUGGUCAGUCCUCGUCUGGGUGGGGAAGUGCUAUGGCUCAGCCUUCUAAUAGUGUACCAAAUAAGGUAACCACUAAAGUUUUUACAAAUGACUUCCCAUCUUUAGGGCCUUCUUUAGGUGCCCCAUCCACAACUUCAUCAAAACCGGGUAAAAAGUUUAAUGCAAAGGAUUUCCCAACCUUAGCUCCUAAUAGUGAGAGCCAAACACACAUGCAGAAUUAUCAUGGACAUUCUAGUGUCACGAUACCAGUGAGUAAUGCUUGGACGCACAGUGUAGACCACAUGCCCAAGCCAACCGAACCUAAUGAAAAUUUAAUGGGAUCAAAAGGUAAAAAAAAGAAGAAAGGUCCCAAUAAACCUGCAACACAAAACAACCAAGGUAGCGGUGGAAACACAGCUCCGAGUAGCUUAGCGAAUGGCACUAGUAAGCCCAAAGCAGCACCAAAGAAGAAACCAUUGGGACUCCACAAUAUAUUUGAUGAUAGUGAUGAUGAAGAAGCUCCAAAAAUUAACCUGUCCAUGGGGAAAUUAGGUGAUUAUGAGUCUUUAGCUCCACAACAAGGUUCUAAUGUUAAGAUGAUUACUCAAGAGUCUCUCACUCAAGAAAGAAAGAAAUCAGAGCUGAAAAUUGGUACCUUAAAAUCCCCACCAGUAAUGGACAGCGAUGAAGCCUUUCCCACCCUGGGAGCGCCUACCCCUUCCCCCUUGACGACUUCCACUUGGUCAUCACCUGCAAAGAAAUCAGCACCCCCAGGAUUCUCAGGAAAGCCCAAGGUCCCUCCAGGCUUCAGUGCCACAGACAUGACUUUUACCAGUAGCUCAGGGGAAAAGUUUGCCAUUUCACCCACUUCAGAAGGUGCCGUGUCCACUGAUUUCACACAGCAACCACGGCCCCCAUCAUUGUACUCCUUUGCCCGUCCUCCUGACUUUGAGCAGCGGAAUAAGAACUUGAUCAGGACAAUCCAGAACGAGUGCCAGGGAGAAGAGGAGAAGUUUGCUCAGUUCAAGUACUUGGCAAACCAACUUAGGAGUGGAGAACUGUCAGGCCAAGUGUACUAUGAGUCCUGUAGGAGCAUGAUGGGUAAGGAGACCUUCCUCAAGAUCCUUCCUGAGCUGCUAGUACUUCUUCCAGACAUAAAAAAUCAACAGGAGGUACUAGGGGCCUAUAGGAAAGUGGACGGUGGGCGGGGCUGCUCCACCCUCUUUGCCGUGUGUGUGGUGUGCCGGCAGGUUCUGAGCCAAGGGGACUUUGCCCAGCACAUGGAGUUGCACGACAAUGUUGCUGCAGACUUUCCCUCCUUGUCUCAGGCUUCAUCUCACAUUCUGAAGAAGUGAUGACAUUGAUCUCAACACUUUGGAAAUGAGCCCAUGAAUGCAGCAAGUGGCAUGAAGAGGUUUCCAAAUGCUUUGAUGUGGUUUGAAUAUCAAGCUUGUUUGCUGGCUAUUUUUGUAUACUUUGUUUACCUUGUAUAUAUGAUACAGAAGAUACCAUAGGAAAAUACUAAACUCAUUGUGUAGAAAUGCUCAGCAGAAUUACCCACUUGCAUAUUACAUCUAUGAUACACAUCUAAGUAAUUUCAGAUAUUUACAAAAUAUAAAUGAAAUGAAAUAGAGGGUUCCCUGUUCACUAUUGUUUUUGGGUAGUAAGAACUUUCUUACUACAUUUCUUGUAGAUGUUCACACUUGACAGAUCUGUUGUUCAGUGACUGUUUCAUAGUAUUGACUUGAUCUGUGGUCAGGCUAAGAAAACUGUUUUUUCCUCUGACUACCUAAAUUGACUACUAUAUGUUACAUCAAGAAUGAAUCUUGACAAUGGGUUUGAACUUUUAAAAGAUUUAUUUAUUCUUUAUGUGUAACUUUCUCAAAAAAGUUCAGUUAUUAUAUUUAUAUUUGUAUGUAAUAAGGUUAUUUUCAGGAUGUGACAUUAUUAAUGUCCUUGUAGCUCAUGUUUUGUUUUCAGGGAAGUGCCCCUCUUUAGGAAUAUUGCUGUGGCUGUUGGCAUAUCUAGUUCAUGGGCUAUAAGUUUGCUUUCAAAGAACUCUAUAUAUAUAUAUAUAUAUAUAUAUAUAUAUAUAUAUAUAUAUAUAUAUAUAUAUAUAUAUAUAUAUAUAUAUAUAUAUAUAUAUAUAUAUAUAAAUAUACAAAUAUAUAUGAGAUGCCCUCAAUAUUGUGAACAUAAAUGUGAAAAAAGCAUGGAGUACUAUUGAAGAUUCAUGUCAGUUUCAGAAGUCAGAUGCUUUUCAGAGCAUGAGCUUUUCUUGGUGGUAAGCAACAGAUACAGAUGACUGAGUCAAGGCAGCAAGGCACACCUGCGAUGGAGAGAUGAAGUUUUAUUCAUUUUAUGAAAAAUGCAAGAAAACAUAGAGUAAUUACAUAAAUAUCAGUAAUUGGAAAUAGAACAAAUUGAUAAAGAGGGUGGUUUGUUUGUUAUGGCAACAGCAACCAGUGGGACGGUGCUGGAUGGCUUGUGUGCAGCCACUUGCCACCCAGGUACUUUCAAAUUGAAAUGUCUAGUAACUUAUAAACUCUGGUAUGAACACCACUAAACCUAAGAAUAUUUUUGACCAAAUAUAAAUUACUUGAUUUUUCAUUUCCAAGAAUAUAUGACUAUUUACAAGACACUUUGUAUAUAGUAUAUCUAUAUUGAUAUCCUUGUAAGGAUGUCAACUAAAUGUAUCAUUUACCAAUUGAUUGUGUCAACCUAAUUUACAUAUUUUUUUCUGAUUAUCCAUAUUUGAAAUGGAUUUGCCAAAAACUGACCAUUUAAGAUAAGAUUAGAGUAUGUAGUUGAUAUUGAAACAAGUAGACUUAAAUUUGCUUAAAUCAUAAUGUAAAGCAAAUCACGCUAUGUUAGAAUUUUUAGAUGAUUCAUAGAAACAUGGACCCAACCCUCCCAAAAAAUGGUUACUUGAAAGAUAAUAGAUAAGUUAGGAAUUCAUCAAGUCAUAAUAUUCAAUCAUCCUCAAAACCGGUGAAUGCCAACUCACCAGAAUUUACCAAGAGAAACUGAGUGGCAAGUAUUAUUUACAUUACUGAGGAGGAAAGUGUAUGAAUGCUUUAACUGAACUCCAUUAUCAUGGAUAGUCAUUCUCACAAAUGCUUAACUGUGCACAAAAGUUAAGGUGCCCUUACAAAGGCUGUGAUAUGUCUGAGGACAAUAAAGAAACCCAGACCAAAACCAGUGUCCUGCUGUCUUGCAUCAUGACCAUUGCCUCCUCUAUUCCACAGUACAUACCAUGCCAUGUGUUUUCUCUCUAUAAAGAGAAUGUGCUUCACAUACAAACUUAUACUGAUGAGGUUACUUGCUUACCAGGCACCUUAGAAAUGGAUAUUGCUGAUAUUCAUGGAAUUAUGCAAUUUUUAGAAGAACUUGAAACACAGGCCAUUUGUUCUUUUCUUAUAUUCUUGGUGUCAAGGGUCGGCACCAUGUAUGGGUCUUUUCCACGUUAUUUGAUGCCAAGUACAAUGGUACAGGAGAUACUUGUCAUACUGAAGGAAGCAAAAACAACAAUAGUGUUCUUUAACGAAAAGAAAUAUGUAUAGUUUGAGUAACAUAAGAUUAGAUCAUCAAAUAAAACAAUCUGACAAGGCAA